CACAGGAAGGCUGAAGGUACACACCAACACUGGGAAGGACGAAGAUAAGAUCAUCCUGCAGCAGUUUUUCAGACACAUCCUUCGAAAAAUACCAGGCAGGCAACAGAAGAGCCUCAGUUCACAGGAAGGCUGAAGCUGUCACCAUUCAGAGGGUCAGAGGGAAAUUAAUUCUGCAGCAGAUUAUCACUGUUAACAUCAUCACCACCAUGAAGAUGCUGACUGUGUCUGCACUUCUUUGUGCAUUGCUGGUUCUGACCAGAGCUACUUCUCCUGCAGAAGGAGAGAAUGACACUGAGACAGAGGUGCCUACUGAAUCAGCUCCAGCACCAUCAGCCCCUGCAGGAGGAGAGAAUGACGCUGAGACAGAGGAGCCUACUGAAUCAAUUCCGCCACCAUCAGCAGAGGAGGGACCUGGGGCAGAGGACCUGCAUGUAGUUACGCUACCUCCAACUUCAGUUCCAACACCAAUAUACGAUGACUUUGGCUUUCAUCACUUUGGCUUCAGCUGUCCUGAUGGGUGGACAAUGUUCGAUACUCGUUGUCUCCUCUACGUUCCAGAAAACAUGACUUGGACUGAGGCUGAGCAAAACUGCCAGUCAGGCAAUGGAGACUUCCAUGCCUAUGGAAACCUCGCAUCUGUAUUUGAAGAGUAUUACUUUGAUGAGAUUCAAGAGGUGAUGCAGAAGGCUGGUCACAAGUCUGGACAAGUGUGGGUUGGAGGUUCCAAAGCACCAGGGGGUUCUUCUUGGUCCUGGAGUGAUUAUAUGUCUCCCAACAUAUUUCCCAACUGGUGCUCUAAGGAGCCUUCCAAGGAAAACUGCCUGAAAAUAAAUUUUGAAGAGAAUGCGUCUGGAUGCUUGGAGGGCUCGCCAUGUGAUGCUGAGCUCCCAUCUGUCUGCAGCAUGUUCCUCAUGUGAUUCCUGAGCUGACAGAGAGCCACAAUCCAUCUGUGAAAGCACAAACAUCUGUCAUUGUGCCAUCAGUGUCCUAUUUAACUUGUGGGAUAUACUGUAUCUAUCUAAUGUUACAUCUUUAUUUCUUCUCUAUCGCUGUAACGCUACUAAGUAACAAGUGAAAUAAACAGGGGCUGGAUUUUCUCUGAGGUCUUAAUGCUUUUAACACAGCUGUAUUCUGCAGAGUGAACUGUUCUUUCCUGGCAAAUUACAAAGCAUUGGAAAUCUG